GUAGAAAGUUCAGUUUCGAGACACCUUGUGUCCUGAAUAGUUCACUCACAAAAAUUUAUACUUUUUGAGUAUAAGUACAGGACUUUUUCUCAAUUUGUACUUUUGGCUACAGCAUAUUAGCUUAGGUUUGCACAAUAUAUUUUUAAUAUAUUAAAACAAAGGGUUCGCCGCGUUUUUAAAACGAAACCGAGCCGAUACUAAAUGGUUAACACCGCGAUAAGCUACCAUCACUAUAGUUAUCGAUAUCAGGAACUGCUGUUCUUGUUUGGUCAUUUAAACAGGUAAGAAAACGCAAGUAAUGGAGGAGGAGAGCUGGUGGGUCGACCAAUUAAGGGCGCUAAAGUCGCCGAACCAGCGCCUGUCAGCGCUCAACAGCAUAAACACUGCGUUCACCCAGGAGAUGUGGCCACGGGGCGUUGUCCGCACAAUGCUGAAAACCCCGGAGCUGUACGAUUGUAUUGACAGAUCCGGCGGUGGAGAUUCUGGACCUGGCCGGGAGGGAGUUAGCGGCAUGGCUGUCGAGGUUCUGAACCACUGCCUGAACCAGCUGCCGUUGGACAUAACCGACGAACAGCUGCCCGAUCUGCUGGAGCCAGGAUUGACCAACUCUAAUCCCGUCGUGCGUUCGCUGGUGCUUCGCGCCAUUCUCACCGAGGUGAACCGUCAGUAUAAUAGCGGCAGGGUACGUGAACUUCCCGGGAAUGAGCUUGUCUGCCUUGUGCUGGACGAACUGAAGCGCCCCGACACUGAAGAGAGCACUGUGGCGAUUGAAAUACUGUCCAUAGUGCUUCAUCAGCGUGUGAAUGAUGGAGCAGUACAGGCUAAACUGGUACAGCUGCUGCAGCAGGACGAGAUCGUGCGUUGUCGGGCUUAUGAGCUGGGCGUCAAGUUGGCAAAGAGCAGCGCCGCCACCCUCAAGUCUGUGGAGUUCAUCCUAGAUGCUGCCCUCAGCGAGCUGGACAACGAUGAUGUCCUACUGCAAGCCAGUGUGAUGGAGGUUUUGGUGCCUCUGGCGGAGCAAAACCAUGGCCUUUCCUACAUGGAACGGCGCAAUGUGUUCGACGUGAUCAACAAUCGGGUACAGCGUAUAGAGGAGAAUCCACUAGACGCUCUCCUCAUCCCUAGCAUCAUGAAGUUCUUUGGCAAAAUUGCUGCCGUGCAGCCGCAGAAGAUUAUAAUCGGGUAUCCGAACAUGCUGGACUGCCUGUUUCAACAGCUGCAGUCCGAGAAUGAGGUGAAUCUACCGACAGCCAUGGACACGCUGGCUAAUCUGGCAGCCACUUCACAGGGAAAGCAGUUGUUGCACAAAAAUUUCCAGCAGUCGAUGGAGAUGACCCUGAAGAAGUACGCCUCCUACACCAAGAAUCUCUCCGCGCCGAUCAAGGAAAGGUUGCUUAACUCAUUGGAUGUGAUUUAUGCGGUGGAAUCGAAACCGCCAUCUCAGGAAAUCAGUACGAUUCUAAAGAAUUGGUAUGAGAUUUUCGCUGGUGGCCUGCAAAUCCAAAUCAUCAUGGACCUGAUCAACACGCCAUUCCCGGACCUUCAAAUAGCUGCCCUGGCGCUGCUGAAGAGCAUCUGUCAAUACCGUUUCGGGAUUGUGGCCCUGAAGAAUACCGGCGGAGCAAUGGAGUUUCUGCUAUCGCGGCGGCGAGAUCUGCACAAGGAGGUCAAGUAUCUAAAGUGGGAGAUCAUGGAGAUGCUGGCCGUAAGCACAGAGUUCUCGCCAACCGAGACUAUUCGUUUUACAGCUUAUGUUAAUGAGGGACCUUAUCAUAUCCAGCCUGAUUUGGAUAUUGCCACCGAACCCCAGGGGCGGGCUUAGAUCUAAGAGAGGGGAGCUUUCCAGGAAGGCGAUGCCAGGCAUUUACGAUCACCAAUUUAAAAUUGUUUGUACAGCAAGAAUAUAAACUAACAUUUGAGAGUAUGUAUUUUAGGGGUUUACAAUAAAAUUUAACUAUUAGAUCACAUGUAACACUCUUCUCAUAGGGUGGAUAUUAGUUCUUAUUUUGCCUUGGAAAUGUUACGGAAUAUGAAGAUUUCACUGAAUAAAAAUUAAAAGUCUUUUGCAUUCAAAGGCAAAAGGAUUAGAAUA